AUGUCUGCAUACACCAUUUCCCAAACCAGAAACGCUCAACCCUCAAAUAUAAUUAAUUCCACCAGUAAAGAACAUGCAUAUAUGGAUACAUAUGAUUUCGAAAAACCAAAGCCUUUGAUUUUGACAGCGAGGAAGUUUUCACUUCCACCGCCAAUCGAGAUUGUGGGAGCAUCAUCGGAAGCAAUGGCAGCGGGUUAAAUUUCAGGUGUCAAAUCAUUUAGUUUACAAAUUUUUCGUCUUUAAACCAUCGAAUCAAUCUAUUUUUUUCUCAGGAUCGGACCAGCGACUUCUGGAGCAAAAAUACAAUCUAGCAGUUGCAUAUUCAGAUGCCCGUAAACCCUGGAGAAGCCAAAAAAAUAAAGGAAAAAUGGAAAACUCUGUUUGUAUCUUACUGGGAAUCGAAGAAGCGAUGAAAUGAUGCACCCUUCCACAAAGACUUAGUUUUUGUUCUUUUUAUGCCUAGAAAUGUAGAAACAAACACUUGAAAAGUUUAUCCAAAAACCCUAGAAAAUGCCAGCUUCCUGGAACGCUGUUGGCCUCGGAAUGAUCUGCCCGAGCUGCAGCCGUUCGCAUUUUCCUUUCUGUAGCAGAGACCAUCCUGCAAUUGGUCAGACUGGUUUUCCUCCGUAUGCUCAUGGGCGGGGACCGCCCCCCCUGCCCAUAACUCCCACAAAUCAUUUACAGCCUAUGGCUGGCUCCCUCGGGCAUCCAUUCACUCGGCCCCCUGUGCCUUCCUGGAAUAAUAAUGUUUUAGGGCAUUUAGGUUCACCGGUAAAUGGUAGGCAUGAGAGUUUAUUUGAGCAGCAUCAGCAGCCUAGUUUGCGAGUUUCCCAUGGUUCUAUGCAUCAUGGUGACCUAAUGGCAGGGCUAAGGUUUCCCCUACACGGGCUUGAUAGGUUUGAGCCUAUGGCUGGAGGUCACAUGGGGCGCUCCGGGAUUGAUGCAGGGAAGAAUUGGCUUGUCGAAGAAGAGAGAGAAAGAGAGCGGCAGAGAGAAAGGGAGAGAGAGAUUUGGUUGAUGGAACAGCAGAGGAAGGGUUUGGCUCAGCAAAUGGAUAGGUUUGGUGUUCAAGGCCAAGGGGUUGCUGAUAGACGCCCUCCAGAGUUACUUCCUACAAAUUUAAUGAGGCCCGAAAUACAUAGUGGUAAGUAUGAUGGGAUAGGAGAAGUGCAUGAGUUACGAAUGCGAGGCGAUGGACAGGCUGAACUAGGUGAUUACAAUUCUUAUAGAGGUUCACAUGGAGUAUCGAGUAGGCAUCACAAUAAUGGCAGGGAAUAUGAUGUUUUUCCAGGAGCAAUAAGGGGAGGGCAUCAACCAUCAUCUUUUUUUGAAGGAUCAGAGGCUGCACAGGAAGGGCAUCAAUCAGUGGCUCGUUUUAAAGGAUUUGAGGCCAUGCAGGGAGGGCAUCAGUCAUCUAUUCAUUAUGAAGGAUUUGAACCUGGACAGGGAAGACAUCAAUCUUUAGCUCGAUUUGAAGGAUUUGAGCCUGCACAAGGAUGGCAUCAAUCAUCGGCACGCUUUGAAGGAUUUGAGCCUACACAGGGAGUGCUUCAAGGAACAGACACUUCUUUUUCAAAAGCAAAUGGAACUGUGGAAUUUGCAGAACAUAUUGCACGGCCAAUGAAUAGGGAUGAUGACAUAGGCAUGCAGAGGUAUGAUGGGUAUAGGGAUUUUCAAGCUGGGCAGGUAGAACUUCCACAGGGAGCACGGAAGAGGACCAGGAUAGAUGGAGGGGAUGAUGUGCAUGAUCGAAGAGUUGGUGGUUUUUUUGGAACUAACAUGGAGGAGACUGAUACAAGGAUUUUGGGAAAGGAAAGCUUUCACUAUACAGUUUCUUCUGAAUGUGAACAGGGUAAGCAGUUGUUGAAUCAUAAUUCUGGAGAGCGAAGUGGUGCUUUCGGAUUUGAACAAAUAAAGGUAGGUGAUUCCAAUAAGAGACAACGAGUUGUGUCACGUGAGGAGGAAUUGCUCAUCGAACAUGGACUUCUUGAGGAUUCCACAGAUAGUAAGAAUGAUGAUCCUUUUAAAUCUGAAUUACUGUUCAAUGAUAAAUCACUUUCACAAGAGGGCAGACAUGGGUUUGAGUUAUCCUUACCUGGGAGGGGAAACAAGAAUAAUGUCAUGCCUCCACAAAGUGCAUCCGAGGCAAAAGAUUUUAUCCAGAAAUUUCAACCAAGCAAAGGUGAAGGCUCUUAUAAUGGUAAUGCAUUGGAUAGAGCAUAUUCACUUAAUCCAUCACAUGAUACCUUCAAUGGCGGUAUAUUUGUGGAGCCAAGGAACCAGAGUAGGGACGUGCCGUUACAUUUACGUGGUUCACAGAGGGAUUUAUUGCAAGGUCAGUCUGAUGAAUCUGGAAACUUUUGGCACAUCAAGCCAAAUGACAUGUAUUCAGUUCCAGCCAAUGACAAAUUUGGAUCUCAUGAAAAUAGAGAAAUGUUUCACGUUACCAGAGACGGUUCUCAGAUGCCCAUGCAAAAAUCAACAGAAGCUCCUGUUCUCACUGAGGUAGAUAGAGUUCACCGACCUGAUUCCAGCAAAAUAGGAAGGUUUGAAGAACAUCAUGUUUCUGUAGGAAGUGCCAUUCAUAAGUUCAGUGAACUAAGACAUCAACCGGCGAGGGAAUGGCAACGAGAAGAGUCAUUGAAGACAAUUGAAGAGCUUCAUAUGGACUUUGUGCAUCAACAGCAGCAAAAAAUACACAAUCAAGCGCACUUGCAACCAGCUCACUUCCAAGAAGAAACAUCUGGAUCUAUCGAAGGAAGAAAUGUCCUUUCCCAAGCUCGACAGCAACGUUAUCAGGAUUUUAGUCAAAAUCAAAUUGAGAUACAAAGACAGGUUGCUAAGACAUCUAGUCUAGGUCAAUCUGCAUACAAUCAAGUGCAGCACUUGCCAACUACCCAUCUUAGCGAGUCAAACAUCAUUCAAGAUCAAAUUGAGCAUGAUACAAGGGCAGGGGAGUCAGCGUCAAAAGCAUAUGGGGACAGGAUACAUCAGAGCAAUUUUCGGGCACAUCAUCAGUGGUCCGAGACAUUGCAGCAUUCAAACUCUCAGUUAGAUUUGAGCUCAAAGAAAAAUAAUUAUCUUUCAGCUCCAGUCCAUAAUUAUGACCAUUUUCAGCAUCCUCCAUCUCAUCAUAUAGUUCAGGAACACAAUUUGAGGCUUCACGAGCAACAUCAGAGGCCACAUCAAUCUGAUCAGAGGUCGCAUCAUUCCGAGCAACAGGAGACACAGUUAAUGCCUAAUCAAGAACCUCAGAAUUUGUCCCUUAAUCAGCAGAAUCAAUUGAAUCUCCAGCAACAUGAUCCAUUGCAAUUGCCACGACAGCAGUUCCAGCAGCAUAUUCAGUCCCACGACCAGCAUCAUCUUCCAUCUAACCAGCCAAUAAAUGAGAAACAAAAUCCGUCUGAGUGGGGAUACCAGCUGCAGCCAGAAGGUGAUCAGGAAUCUGGACAAAGGUAUCAAUUUGAAGUCAAGGAUUCAAAUCACCAACAGUUUAAUCAGAAAACUAGUACUUCAAUUCAGCACCCUCCACAAUUUCCACAGCAGCCUGAGAGGCAUUGGCACCUUAAUGGACAUCAGCAACAGCCUCAAGUUGAACAUGCUGAGCUGAAGUCACAAUAUGUUUUCACAGCGAGAGGCCCUGAGAUAUCUCAUGCUAAUAUGCAUGGCAGUUAUGUCUUGAGGCCUGAUGGGGGUGGAAUGCCUCCUGUCAUACAAAUACCACCAACAAUGCCAAAAGGUCAGAGCCUCAACCAACAACCACAAGCUUAUGCUGUUUGCCCUCCUGUACCUCCAUUUCCACUUCCACCUCCACCACUCCCUCCAUCACCCCCAUCAUCCCCUUCCCAUGCUCCACCACCACCACCUCCUCCUCCUCCUCCUCCUCCAGUUUCUCCUCCUAAGUCAGCUGCUUCUGCCAAUUUCUCUUUAGAUAUUACAGGAACACAUUCACUUCCAACAAGCAUGCGAUCAUUUCCAGAUAUGAAGCCAUCUGCACUCGGUUACCAGUAUCCACCAGCUCCAAAUCAUCAUGGUGCUGGAUUUGCUGGAUUGGGAUCUCAGGCGGUGCAUCACAUCCCAUUCAAACAGUUUGGAGAUCCGGCACAACGAUUUCCACCCAAACCGACUCAAGAUGACAGACCAAAAGUGGUUGAUGCUAUUCAUAUCUUUAAGGAACCAGGUCGUAUAAAUCGCCCUGAUCGAUUUGUUGUCAUUCUCCGGGGUCUUCCUGGAAGUGGAAAGAGCUAUCUGGCUAAGGCAUUGCGUGAUCUUGAGGUCAUGAAUGGUGGCAGUGCUCCUAGAAUUCAUUCAAUGGAUGACUACUUUAUGACAGAAGUGGAGAAGGAUGACGACAAUGAUAAUGGCUGUGCAACAAGUUCAUUGUUAAGAAAUAAGAAGCGAGUGACCAAAAAGGUGAUGGAAUACUGUUAUGAACCUGAAAUGGAGGAGGCGUACAGAGCAAGCAUGUUGAAAGCAUUCAAGAAGACUCUAGAAGAAGGCGUUUUCACCUUUAUCAUUGUGGAUGACCGCAAUCUGCGGGUAGCUGAUUUUACUCAAUUUUGGGCAGUUGCAAAGAGAUCGGGCUAUGAAGUUUACCUGUUGGAUGCUCCUUACAAAGAUCCUGCAGGAUGUGCAGCUCGGAAUGUGCACAACUUUACUGCUGAUAAAGUGCAAGAAAUGGCAAAGUGUUGGGAACCCGCCCCUCCUCUAUACUUACAGCUUGAUAUAUCGGCUUUAUUCCAUGGCGAUGAUUUAAAUGCACAAAAUAUCACUGAGGUGGAGAUGGAUACAGAUGAUACAGGACAUGAUGCGGAAGAUCAAGAUGGACUAACCAGAACAGAAUCAGGGAAGACAGAUUCACCUUCUGAGUUUUCACAGCAAAAUGGAGUAAUUAGUCCUGGAGACAGAUGGGGAUUGGAAAAAUUGAAUGCUAGAAAUGAAGGUAAGGAUUUGACAAGAAGUAAGUGGUCUGAUGAUCAUGAAGACACCUGCAACACAAAUGCCAAGGAAGUCGAAAAUGUUGAUGGUAAUGCACUAUCUGGUCUAAUGCAAGCUUAUGGCAAAGGAGACAGACGUGUCCAUUGGGCUGACCAGGCUAGUAGUGGGUUCUCAAUAGGGCGUGUUCCGCAGAAUAAGUGCUCUCUGAUUAUUGGGCCUGGUGUGGGAUACAAUGAGGCAUCAAAUCCAUUACCAGAUGAAGAGAAGAAUGAUCUAGAGUAUGGUAGCAGUACUGGAGGUCAAUCUAAGAGAAACACAAAAAUUUUGGAACAGCUUCGUGCUGAGCAAGAGACAUUCCGAGCUGUAUUUGAUAGAAGACGUCACCGCAUUGCUGUAGUGGAUGAGGAUGAUGAGUAACAUUCAAUUGAUGUAUUGACACUUUUAUGUGUUUGUGUAAUGUUAUGCUUUAAUAUCAUUGUUAAAUGUGGUUGAUUUGCUUUCUUAUAAACCAAUUAUUUGCAUUUCACUUAGUGGAGAUGCAGGGUUUUAUGACUCAAGUGCCAGUUCUAGAAGGGUAACAUAUUUUAAUUUUGUAUGAAAUUUUACUUCCUUGAUAUCAGCUGGAAUUUCUGUGA